AUGGUGACGAAAGAAGAAGCGAUUCAGUUCAGAAUCAAUAAACUGAAACAAAAGAUCGUUAAUAUUCAGAAAGAAAUCGCUGCAAUCAGAUCAGAGUAUAAAAUAAAAUUGAAAGACAGCACCUCGCGUGAAAAAGCACUACUCUAUGCCGAGCGAAGAUCGUUUGUUCGCGCAAAGCGUCAAAAGUUGGAGAUCUACACUGAGAGAAUAAAGACUCUCCAAGCAGCACCUAAACCAGUGGCAGCACCUAAACCAGUAGCAGCACCUAAACCAGUAAAACAACCUGCAACAGCAGCACCUCCACCAGCUGUAGUCGUUAAGAAGCCAGCGGCAGUAAAACAACCUGCACCAGCUGCACCUGUACCUGUUGUGGUUAAGAAACCAGCCAAAGUAAAACAACCUGCACCAGCUGCACCAGCUGCCCCAGUUCCUGUCGCUAUAGCUGUUCCUGUACCAGUUGUAAUUCCAAAGCCAUUCUCAGUUAAGCUCCAAGACUUGGAUUCAUAUUCAGCCGGUCAGUUGCAAAAGGAGUUUGAAUCGAUGUGCCGCCAGAUCAGAGAUUGUCAGGAUGACAUCAUUAAAGUCCAAAAGCAAGUAGCCAAGUUGAGGAUUCAGCAACCACAGAGCAGAACCAAACAGCAAUGGAAGGAUUUGGAAAUUAGUUCAACAAGUAAUUUGAAGAAUCAUUUAAUAUUACUAUGUAAUGAGAAGACUAAAUACUUGAAAGUAAUAGUAAUGAGAAGUAAAGGUCAAGUUGUCUCCAACACCGUUAUUAAGCAUUCAACUCCAAUCGUUUCUCCUCCUCCACCAGUAAAGAAAUCGGCUCCAACAGUUUCUCCUCCUUAUAAAAAAAAAAAACCUCCUCCACCAACCACUCCAAUAGUACAUAGAUCAGCUCAAAAGGAGAUUGAUGAAAUUAGUAUAUUAGGAAUGAAUUCUUUUGAGGUGAUCGAUAUCUUUUUAAGAUGUAGACCGUCAAGAGUUGGAUUCCUUUCACAUCGUCUCACUCAAUUUGAAAAUAAGGACGAUCGAGCACACAUGGAGUAUGUCGGUGACAUUCUACCGUUGAUGUUUGAAGAGUUGAGGUCUCAGAUUACCCAGGAGUUGGAGAGUAGAGGUGCAUUCGUUAUGGAGAAUGGACAGUUUAACUAUGACAAGCUGGAGAGAACUUCGUGUUUGAUUGGAAAUAUCGACUUGCCAAAGAACGAUACUGGAGGAAUCAUCUUGUCGCUCGACUACAAAUAUACUAAACCCGAGAAUGAAUUGAAUAUAAAGGAUCUUCUGUUACUCAGGCUGCGUGACAAAUCGGUAUUCGGUCUCAUUGUUAAUCAGAAGCCGAGUAUGCUUCAAAAACAACAGAGUAUUCUCAUUCAUUUGAUGGACAAUCAAUCGGAUGCACCUCAUACCAGUGAGUUCAUCGAUGAUCUCUAUCAAGAAAAGAGGAAAGGAGGCAAGACACCGAUCUCUCCUGCCUAUCAAAUGCCGGGAUUGGUUGGAACCAUCUUACGUAAUCAAUUAAAUCAAUCGCAAUUCAAUGCAAUUUCAGAGUCAUUGGCAAGUCGACAUGUAUCAUUAAUUCAAGGUCCACCUGGAACUGGUAAAACCAAAACAAUCAUUAGUUUAUUGGCUAUUUUCAAUGCUAUUUUGCCCAUGACUGCAAAGAUUUUGGUUUGUGCACCAUCCAAUGUUGCAGUUGAUGAAGUUGGUUUAAGAGUUUUGAAAGAUGGUCUUCUCGAUAAUUCCGGAGGCAGAACCGAUCCAUCCAUUGCUAGAAUCGGAAGAUUAGAAGCCAUCAACGAGAAUAUCCAUCAGAUAUGUGUCAGUAAACUUCAGACUCCUGAUUCCAAGAAAAUAAUGAUAAAGAGAUCAAGAAUCAUUUUAUCGACACUUUCUGGAUCAGGUUCAAUGAUCUUGGCGCAACCCGAAUUCUAUCCUUCGGUCGUAAUUGUCGAUGAGUCCACACAGUCGUGUGAACCAUCCACUCUCAUCCCACUGCUCAGAAACCCAUACUCCAAGGUCAUUCUUAUCGGUGAUCCCAAGCAGUUGCCACCAACUGUAUUCUCUACAAUUUCCAGUCGAUUCAACUAUGAUGUUUCGCUCUUUGAGAGACUCGCCAAGUAUUUCCCAGUGCACAUGCUCGACACCCAGUAUCGUAUGCAUCCAAAGAUUUCGAAAUUCCCAUCCAACCAAUUCUACAGCGCCAAACUCAAGGACGGUGAGAAUGUCGUUAAAUAUAACAACUCGUUCUAUACCGAUCCCAAAUAUGGACCGAUCAAUUUCUAUCAUAUUCCAGACUCACAAGAGCUUAAGACAAUUGGAAAAUCAAUCAAGAACAGUCUGGAAAUCAGAUUGGUAUUUACGUUGUUGAAGAAACUCGUACAGGAUCAUCCAGAGGUCAAGUCGAUGAGUGUCGGUAUUAUCACACCUUACAAGUUGCAAAAGAAGGAACUCCAAGAUGCCAAGAGUCAUUUCAAUGAGAAGAUGGAUGUUGUUGUGAAUACUGUCGAUGGAUUCCAAGGUGCUGAAAAGGAUAUCAUUAUCUUUUCAUGUGUUCGAAGUGAAAAGAUUGGAUUCCUCAAGGACACUCGUCGUAUCAAUGUUGGUAUCACUCGUGCAAGAAGAGCACUCUACAUUGUCGGUUCAUCAAAGUUGCUGGAACAAGAUCCAAAUUGGGGUGCAUAUCUUCGUAACAUCAAAUCGACCGUCAAGAAAUUCAUCUCGAUCGAUUCAAAUGGAAUCAGUGUAUUAGAGGAGCAAGUUAGACAGUUUGAUAUUGCACAUCCCGAUGAUUUGAUCGAUACAAGUCAAGAGGAUUUCAAAGAACUUGAAGACUUGUUUGAUGAUCGUGAUGAUAGAAUUUUCAAGGAUAUCGGUGAUGACGAUGAUGAUGACGAUGGAGAUAGUGAGGAUGAGGAGGAAGAAGAAGAAGUAGCAGAAAUGAAGAAAGUGGAACAAACUAUUGAACCAAUAUCAACAACAAUGAAUUGGUUAACCAAUAGACUGAAAUCAAUGUCAUUAUGGAAGUCUACCGAUCCAUCGAUACCGCUGAAGAUAAGGGAGAUUGAGCAAAAUCUUGGAGAGUACAAUCAACUUCGCGAAUUUAGAAUCAAUGCUACUAUUAGAGCGAAAAUAGUGGAUACCAGAAAGUUGAUUUGGAGAGUGCUGAGAGAUACUCUUAGGAAGUUAAAGAUUGAAAAUUCGAAAUACGAUGUUUCUGAACUGUUGGUUACACACAACAACAACGACGACAUGUCAAAUCAGCUGAUUGCACUCUACAUAGGAAAGACCUGUCCAAACGAAACAAUCAAGAAAAAGAGUUUCCAAUCACUGGAAAACCAUUGUCAAAAGGCAUUCCCAGGUUCCAAGCUGAAGCCAUACGGAUCGUUUGUCAAUGGAGUGCAAACUGCCUCAAGUGAUAUCGAUGUAUGUUUCUCAGUCGUUGGUGUUCCAACCGAUACCAAUUCAAAACUCCUUCAUCUUAUGAAAAGAGUUGCCAUUAGUAUAAAGAAAAGUAAGUAUCCUCUUCCUGCUACAAUAUCACAAUUCCUAACUUAUCAAUUCAUUUAUAUUUCAGAUACUUCAUAUGAAUUGGAAAAGAUUAUUAGAUUUUCAAGAGUACCGAUUCUUAGAUUCAAGGAUAUUGGAAGUGAUAUUUCUUUCGAUAUGUGUUUCAAUAAUUCUUUGCCAGUUGGAAAUUCGUUGUUGAUCAAAGAAUAUACUAUGAUUGACGCUCGUGCUAAAGUAUUGAUGUUGUUGAUCAAGUAUUGGGCAUCGAGAAAGGAUAUCAAUGACGCAUCAAUGGGAACACUUUCAUCUUAUAGCUGGCUGAAUAUGGUUAUUUUCUAUCUCCAAUGUGUCAGUCCACCUGUGCUGCCUUGUCUCCAAUCAACACUGACAAACACCACACCAAAGAGUUCUAUCAUUAGCAGUUCGGAGGAUGGUUGGAAAUUCCUUAAUUCACUAACACUCAAUUUCAAGAGUACCAACACCAUGUCAUUGUUCCAGCUGUUUAGUGGAUUCUUCUCAUUUUACUCGAGAUUCGAUUUCGCAAACCUCUUGAUUACAAUCAAACGAGGCUGUUUGACCAACAUUAGAAUGGCAACUAAACUCUAUUUGGAUCACAACCGAAAGCAAAAUAUCUGUAUCGAAGAUCCAUUCAAUCCACAACAGAAUCCAGCAGCUUCAGUUGGUAGAAAUGCAUUCGAUGUCAUUCUCUACGAGCUUAAAUCGGCCGAGCAAAAACUUUCCUCACUGAAAUCCAAUGAAACAGUCGAUGUAUUCAUGGAGUCAACCUUGAUGAAAUUCUGUAGAACUAAAUAA